AUGUCCGAAGAGCUGGCCGCGGGCCCCAAGGAGAGCCCUCCGGCCCCGCGGCCGGGCCCCCGCGAGGUGUGGAAGAAGGGCGGCCGGCUGCUGUCGGUCCUGCUGACAGUGAACGCGCUGCUCCUGGCCUGCACGCUCAUCAGCGGCGGCGCCUUCAACAAGGUGGCGGUGUACGACACCGACGUGUUCGCGCUGCUCACCACCAUGAUGCUGCUGGCGGCGCUGUGGAUCCUCUUCUACCUGCUGCGCACCGCGCGCUGCCCCGACGCAGUGCCCUACCGCGACGCGCACGCCGGCCCCGUCUGGCUCCGAGGUGGGUUGGUGCUGUUUGGUGUCUGCACCCUCGUCAUGGAUGUCUUCAAGACUGGCUACUACUCCAGUUUCUUUGAGUGCCAAUCAGCCAUCAAGAUCCUGUAUCCUCUCAUCCAGGCUGUGUUUGUCAUUGUCCAGACUUACUUUCUCUGGGUCUCUGCUAAAGACUGUGUUCACAUCCACCUGGAUCUGACCCGGUGUGGCCUCAUGUUCACCCUCACGACCAACCUGGCCAUCUGGAUGGCAGCUGUGGUGGAUGAGUCGGUGCACCAGGCCCACUCCUACAGCAGCUCUCACAGCAACGCCAGCCACACUCGCCUUGCCCCUGACCCGGAGCGGGCAAGCAGCCCGGUUGGAGGAGACGCCUGUUCCUGCAACACGGCCCUGUGCCAGAUCUUCCAGCAAGGUUACUUCUACCUGUAUCCCUUCAACAUCGAGUAUAGCCUCUUCGCCUCCACCAUGCUCUACGUCAUGUGGAAGAACGUGGGCCGGCUGCUGGCCCCCUCCCACGGCCACAGCCACGUGCUGUCCCGGUUCAGUCUCUUCCGGGAGACGUUCUUUGUGGGUCCGACCCUGGGCCUGAUGCUCUUUGUGGUGGGGCUGGCCGUCUUCAUCAUCUACGAGGUCCAAGUGAGUGCGGAGGGUGGCCAAACCCAGCAGGCCCUGCUCAUCUACUACACCUUCAACAUCGUCUGCCUGGGGCUCAUGACCUUGGUCAGCCUGAGCGGCUCCAUCAUCUACCGCUUUGACCGUCGGGCCAUGGACCACCACAAGAACCCCACACGUACCCUGGACGUGGCCCUGCUGAUGGGGGCCGCCCUGGGCCAGUAUGCCAUCUCCUACUACUCCAUUGUGGCCGUGGUGGUGGGCAUGCCCAAGGACCUGUUGGGGGGCCUCAACCUCGCCCACGCUCUGCUCCUCAUCGCCCAGCACACCUUCCAGAACGUGUUCAUCAUUGAGAGCCUCCACCGAGGGCCGCCGGGCGCCGAGCCUCAGGAUACCCCUCCCAAGGAGCCCUGCCACGGCCUGACCUUCGCCAAUGUGGGCGCCCUGCACACCUUACCCGCCUGCCCGCCCACUCCCAGCCUGGUGGGCUCCAGCUCCGAAGGCCCACAGGAGGUAGCGGCCAUCAUCUUGGCUCCCAGGGGCCACUGGAGACGCCGGUGCCUCAGGGACAUUUCUCUCUUUCUGCUGCCGUGCAAUGUCAUCCUGUGGAUCAUGCCCGCCUUCGGCGCCCGCCCGCACUUCAGCAACCCCGUGGAGGUGAACUUCUACGGCUAUGCACUCUGGGCCGCCAUCGUCAACGUCUGCCUACCGUUUGGCAUCUUCUACCGCAUGCACGCUGUCUCCAGCCUGCUGGAGGUCUACGUGCUGUCCUGA